GCGACUAUGGAGCUCGAGGCCGCAAGAUGCCUCAAGAGAAGAUGCUAAUUGGUGAGCCUGGAGGCGUCAAUUGAGAUUAUCUCUCGUGCUCUCAGCAGUUGUGUUCCGUAAAUCGCCAGAAAUGGUCCUCAAGGGGAUUUUCUUGCUAGUUUUUGUGCUUUUUGUGGCUCAGGAGGUGUCAGGAUGUCGAAAAGUGCCACCAUUUGAGAACUACAGUCGCCGGACGAGGGGUGACAAUGGGUAUCGGUUGAUAAUUGGUGGGGAACCCAAUGGAUAUGAACCUGGGAAGAUUUACAAUCUCUUUUUGCUGGGAUCUCGAACACAUUUGCGUUUGCAGCAAUUCACGCACUUUAUGCUCAGUGUUCAGGCUUCUUCCACUCCAAAUCUCAACACUGCCAUCUUCUCCAUGGCCAGUCCCAAGAGAGUUGGACGCUUCCAGCUCUUUGGUGAUUCCCUGACCACAUUCAAUGAGAAGUGCGUGAAUACAGUUUCAGAAGCCGAUGAUUUGCCCAAGACCGAAAUUCAGGUCAUGUGGGUGGCUCCUGCUUCGGGAUCUGGAUGUGUAGCUCUCUCAGCGAUGGUGUACGAGAAUCAAGAAUCAUGGUUCUCGGACGACGGAGGUCUCACAAAGAUUAUCUGCGAGGGAAAACCCACAAGGCAGUCAAUUGCUGGCGAAUGCUGUGCUUGCGAUGAUGCCAAAUACAAUUUUGUCUUCCAGGGCAUUUGGUCCAAUGAAACUCAUCCCAAGGAUUAUCCUUUUGCCGUGUGGCUCACGCACUUUUCCGACGUAAUUGGAGCCACUCAUGAGACAAAUUUCUCAUUUUGGGGAGAGAAUCACAUCGCAACGGAUGGAUUUAGGAAUCUAGCUGAAUGGGGAUCAGUGCGCUCGUUGGAAGUGGAAUUGCGAGCUAAAGGUUCCAAAUUGAGGAGUCUCAUUAAGGCAGCUGGUCUUUGGUAUCCAAAUGUGAAUACUAACACAUCAUCCCAUUUCCGUGUUGAUCGGAAACAUCCCAAAAUGUCUUUAGUUUCGAUGUUUGGACCCUCACCGGAUUGGGUGGUGGGUGUCAAUGGUCUCAAUCUCUGCCAGGAAGAUUGCUCAUGGAAGGAUUCUCUGAACAUUGAUCUAUUCCCCUGGGAUGCAGGAACGGAUAAUGGAAUUACUUAUAUGUCUCCAAAUUCUGAGACUCAACCAAGGGAGAGAAUGCAUAGAAUCACUACGAUGUAUCCGGAAGAUCCACGUGCACCAUUCUACAAUCCCACUGGCAAGGAAAUGGUCCCACUGGCUAAGCUGUACAUCAGGAAGGAGAGAAAUAUUCCGCGUGGAUGCGAUGAUGAAUUCCUCCAGGCUCAAUUGGAUGUUUCAGAGAACACGGAAGAGACAUCUAGGCCAGAGUGUGAGACAACAGGAUUCUCCGAGUGGACUCCUUGCUCUGUGACUUGUGGAAAGGGUAUUCGUAUGAGAAAUCGUCAGUAUAGGAAUCCAGAGAAGGCUUCCAUGUUUCAGUGCAAUCGUCAAUUGGUGUCCAAGGAGAUGUGCGUGGCUGACAUUCCUGAAUGCGAAGGUGGAACGAGUGAGGAUGAUGAGGAUGAAAAUUUAGGAGCAGUAGCGCCUUCGGUUGAUGAUGAUGGCGAAGGAGUUGGAGUCUGUCGAACAACAUCCUGGUCUUCCUGGUCAGAAUGCACAGCUUCGUGCGGGGUAGGCAUCUCGAUGAGGACACGUUCCUUCAUUGACCACAAAGGCAGGAAGAAGUGUCCUCAUAUCACAAUUGUGGAGAAGCAGAAGUGCAUGAUGCCUGAAUGUUCACUCUCUGACAUUGAGAUUCCCGAUCCAAUGUGUCCAGUUACACAAUGGAGCGACUGGAGUCCUUGCAGUGCAACUUGUGGGAGUGGAUUGAAAGUGAGAACUCGACUCUUCCUCGGAGAACCUUCCCUCAAGCAAAAAUGCGAAUCCCGUCUGCAAAUGGCGCAGAGCAGGAACUGUACUGAUCGUCCAGAUUGUAUUCUUGACCCUCAAAUCGCUAGAGAGGUUUGCCUUCUUUCUCUCGAUGCUGGCCCCUGCCGUGGCGCUUUUACGCGCUAUGGCUAUGUCCAGGAGAAUGGUAGGUGUUCCCCCUUCACCUAUGGAGGCUGCCGUGGAAACCAGAACAAUUUUGCAGCCAUUGAGGACUGUCAGAGAUCUUGUGAAUCCCUGAGAUUAUCUGCUAUUGCUCAGGAGUCCACAUCAACUGCAAGAACGACGGCGGAAUUAACAACUCCUGACCCUGGCAGCUUGCCUGUCGACUGUGUUCUCUCUGAAUGGACACCAUGGUCUCCUUGCAAUGUGUCCUGUGGCUCAGGACACAGUGAGAAGCGCAGAUUUAUUAUCCAGGAAGGUCUCAACGGCGGAGCUGAGUGUCCUAAGCGCGUAAUAAAGCGAAAGCGCUGCAUACGCCCAGAAUGCUAAAGAAUCAUGUUAUCUCUAUGCAUUUGUUACUUAUCUAUAAAUUCUGAAAGGAAAAUAAAUGGGUUUUUCCAAGGAAACAA